AUGGAAGCCCUGAUGCCAAAGGAAUACAACUGGGUAACACAGUACGCAGCAAGAGAUAAGAAAAGGGGCAGAGGAGUGAGAGGCAUGAUAACAGGAGUGAAGAAAAACAUCAGGAUGGAGGAAGUACAAAAAGAAACACAAGGAAUAAUUAGUUAUGGUGUAGAAAUCAACGGAGGAAAAUGGAAAAUUAUCUCAAUUUACAAUAGAGAAGGAAAGAAGAAAUCACUAGAAGAACUGGAAGAGAUAAUCGAAGGCGAUGGAUGGAAAAAAAUGAUAGUAGGAGGAGAUUUCAACGCUAGAACAGCAGAGAAAGGAGAAAUAAUUUGGGAUGGAGAGGAGGAAGGAAGUAGGAGGUACUCGAAGGACAAAAUAAUGAACAAACAAGGAAUUGAUCUACUGGAAAAAAUAGAGAAGCUAGGACUAGGUUUACUGAAUGGAAAUAAGGAAGGCGACGAACAGGGAGAAUGGACAUUCACAGGAGCAAGAGGAAAUUCAAGGAAAGCAGAAAAGGAAGAAAUCCAAGAGGAAUGGGAAGAACUAGUAGAAGAAAUCAAGAAAGCAAUAAGCAAAAAAGAAGUCAAGAACAAAAUGCAAAAGGUAGGAAAGAAACCUUGGUGGGACAAAGACUGCAGAAACAGUAAAACGAAACUGAACCCUCAGAAGGAGAGAGGCCGACGAGAAAAGCCAGAGGACAACAUUGAGGAGCAACAAUGGAAAAGAUACUUCAUGGAACUACUGGAGGGAGGUGAGACGAGAGGAAAUAACGAUGCACGAAACGUGCGAGAAGCAGGAGAUAAUCAAGAAAUGCCACGAGAGGAAGAAACAAAGGAGGAGGAAGAGGGAUUCACAGAGGAAGAGAUGGAAAACGCAAUAAGAAGACUCAAGAAGAAAAAAGCAACAGGUGAAGACAGGCUCAAAAACGAAGUGUGGAUAAACGCAGAUAGGGAAACAAAAGAAAAAUUGAGGAAAAUAAUGGAAAAAAUAUGGAACGGAGAGAAAUUGCCAAGAGGAUGGAAAGUAGGCAUGAUAUACCCAAUACAUAAAAAAGGAGACAAGAAAGAAGUGAAAAACUACUUUGAACUAGAGGGAUAA